AUGUACCACCACCAUCACCAUCAACAACAGCCGCAGCAGCCGCAGCAGCCGCAGCAGCCGCAGCAGCCGCAGCAGCCGCAGCAGCCGCAGCAGUCGCAGCAGUCGCAGCAGUCACAGCAGCCCCGGCAAACACAGCAACCGCAGCAGCUGAAUCAGGAGUAUGACCCCCGGGGCUAUCCUCGGCAGCCGAUCUACCCCCACUUGACUGGCACGCCCACCGGGCCACGCCGUGCGGAAGCCUACUCCCUUUACCCGGUGAAUGUGCAUGACCGGGGUGACCCGGGCCCGCCGGGGCUCGCGCUGCCCUCGCGUCCAAGCACCCCCGGGCCAUAUGGGGCCCCGCCGCCGGGGACCGGCCCUCUUGAUCCCGAGUCCCAGGUCGGCGUGGCCGCCGUCGAUCCGGGGGACGUCUCGGUGCGUCCCGCCGGCGAGGGCCCGGCCGCGGCCCGUGGCGCGAUAGGGUCGCCAGCGGCCUCCGUCAUCUCCGUGGCCCCGGCCAAGCGCCGUGGCUUCUUCCGAACCAUCGGGUCCGGCAUUGCCUCGGUCUUCCGGAGACCCAUCACCUGGUGGAAGGUUCUCAUCUAUGUGGCGCUCAUCCUGCUGGCUUGCUGGACGUUCUUGGUCAUCGUCUAUGCCAUCAUUUGCGCAGCCG